AUGAAGGAUCUGUUGGCUUGGAUUCGUACUAAUCUAAUUAAGGAGAGGCCUGAAAUGUUCAUGAAAGGGGAUUCAGUGAGACCAGGUGUUCUAGUCCUUACAAAUGACUGCGAUUGGGAACUAAGUGGUCAACUCGAUACAACAUUAGAAGAUAAAGACGUGGUAGUCUCCAUUUCCACCUUGCACGGUGGAUGAUCAUAU